UCUCUUGUUCAGGGCUCCAUUGCCGUCGUCUCUUUUGCUGUGAACGAAGAUCAAUCGCUGCAACUACAAUGGCGACUGCAAGAACCGUGAAGGAUGUUUCUCCUCACGAAUUCGUCAAGGCUUAUUCCGCUCAUCUGAAAAGAUCCGGCAAGAUGGAGCUUCCUGAAUGGACUGAUAUAGUCAAGACUGCUACUUUUAAGGAACUUGCUCCCUAUGAUCCAGAUUGGUACUAUAUCAGAGCUGCUUCUAUUGCUAGGAAAAUUUACCUGAGGGGUGGUCUUGGUGUUGGUGCAUUCCAGAGGAUCUACGGUGGUCGUAAAAGGAAUGGAAGUGCUCCACCACAUUUCUGCAAAAGCAGUGGUGGCAUUGCUCGUCACAUUCUUCAGCAGUUGGAAACCAUGAAAAUCAUUGAUAUGGACCCAAAAGGAGGGAGGAGGAUAACUUCUAAUGGAAGACGGGAUCUUGACCAAGUUGCUGGAGUUAUUGUUCUUGCACCUUGAAACUUUGAAGUGGCUGAGAUAAUAUGUAGUUAAGUUUAUCAUUGUAUUCGAUUUGAGUCCUUUUUGUUUUUGUUGUAAUUUUGAUCGAUAUUGAAGAUGGUAGACAUAUUUCUUUUACAUCCAAAAGUUUAGAGAGAUUUUGAAUUGGAGUAUAUGAAUUGAGGUAUUUGAAGGUGGAGUUAUGGUUGUUACUCUUGAGAUCACAUUUGAAUUUUAAAUUGGAUUUCUAAAUUCGUGUUUGGUUUUCUUUGAUUGUCUGAAAUC